AUGUCGUCGGCGGCGGCGCUCCUCCUCCUCCCCAUCCUCGCCGCCGCGGGCGAGGGGGCGGCGGCCUGCCCGACGCCGCCCGCCGCCGCCGUCAUCCUGCGGCACGCGUCCACCUCCUGUCGGACGGUGGACGCCCUGGGGCUCCGUGGUCACCGCGCCGGCGUCGUCGAGGUGGGUUUCGCUUUGCCGUUUGAUCUCCCCAUCACUCUUCUUGCAGAAAAUUGGCGUCCGGUUGCUUGCGCUGCCAGGUUGCCGUUUGGAGUGAGGGAAUUUAAAUAUUUAAUGUCGUUUUGCUUCUAUCCACCUUUUGUGAUUUGA